ACAGUUUGUCAGUUUGAAACCGUUUGUGAGCGUAAAGUAGCAACAAGUGGAGGAGCGGCGCACAAUCACAGCUGCAGAAGACACUAUACGAAGACAUUAUUAUCGUUCAAAAUGAUUUAGUGCGCAACAAGUAUUUACCGUAGACUUACGUUUACAUUAAUACUUGCGUUUACAUUAGCACUUUAUAUAAGCCCAUCGCAGAAGCAACGUUAGCGCUUCUCAAUAUUUGUGAAUGAGUUCUGCUAACUGGAGGAACAUGAGUGAUCAGGACUGCUUUGGGAUUCUGGACUCUGAGUUUGAUCAUUACCUAGUGGACAUGAAGCCAUAUGUGCUUAAACUGACUGACAAGACAGAGCGGCAGCAGUGUGCACUGUGGAUUAAAAAGUUGUGUGAUCCUGAGACCUGCGGCUCUGGACUGACUGGAAGGAAAAAUCGUAACAUGUACGCCCGACUCCUUCUGCACAUGCUCAGAAAGGGAGUUUUAGAGGGUCCCUUUACCCACAAACCUGAAGCAGGCAGCCUCAAGACUUUACCUACGUACAUGUCCAUUUAUUUUGAUGAGCCGUUGCUGGCAAAGUCACAGGAGCAGGGAUCUGCAGUGCUGCCGGACUGGGUGUCCGGGGAGUUGGGUCAGACUGAUGGCUCAUGGUCCACCUCACCCCUCUCAAACACACACAGGAAGAGGAAUUUGUUCAAUGAUAAGUCACCAACCAGACCCCUGUCCUCAAGUCCCAUCAAACGCGAUAUCAAGGAUGAUGUCAAGAUGGCAGAGAUCCAGCAAGACGGCGGGAGACACAGAUCCACGGAGCUCCAGAGUGAUGUGGAGAGGUAUGAGGUAAGGUAUGCAACCUUGAGACCAGUCAAUGAGAGACUGAGAUUGCGAAACCGUCCGGCUGCUUGUUUCAUCACAAAGUUUAUGCAGAAAAACAAGAGUCUGAACUUUGCUCUUAUCAGAGAGUGGAGUGUUGAGAUAAGAGGUCAGAGGUGUAUGGGAGGUGUUUGGGACUUACCAGAAGAGGAGGAGAGUAAGGUUGUGUUGUAUUGUCUGAUUUUGCAGAUAGAAAACCCCAGAUAUCUGCGUGAGAACCCUAUCCCACUGUCUCCGAUUUACAACAAAUCAAGUCUUGGAAAAAACAGCACCCUUUAUGAUGAGGCCGCCCCAGUGAAAGCUGAUAAGGAGAUUGAGCUGAGGACUAAAGUCUUGGAGGCCAAACAUCAAGAGGAUACACUGAGGAUGCAGCAGAAACAUGAUGCAGAGAUUCAGAAGAUUGAGCUGAGGACUAAAGUCUUGGAGGCCAAACAUCAAGAGGAUACACUGAGGAUGCAGCAGAAACAUGAUGCAGAGAUUCAGAAGAAAGGGCCAAAAAUGGGGAUCUUGCCCACCACCCCCAAACCCCCAUCUGCUAAACGUCGGCUUCAAAGCAGCAAAUUCCAGCAUUCAGUGACGCAGGAGAGUGCGAGUUCCUUCAUGGUCAUGCUUGUGAAUAAGAACAUUAUCCUCUUUCAAAGCCUGCUGCGAGAGUCCCAGGUCAUCCGACAGACCAAAGAGAAACAGAUCAGCGAGCUGAAGAAAAUGUCUGAUCAAAGUGGCGAGUCUCUGAAAAACGAAUGGGAGAAGAAGUUGCAUGCUGCUGUGGCGGAGAUGGAACAAGAAAAGUUUGACAUGCAGAAGAAGCACACAGACAAUAUCCAGGAGCUGCUGGAGGACACCAAUCAACGGCUCGCCAGGAUGGAGGCAGAGUACAGCAGCCAGAUGCAGGCCACAGAGCGGAUGUUGCAUGAGCUGGAGACUCGGGUGAAGCAGCUCUCAGUGGAGGUGGAGAAUGGGAACCUGCUCCGGCAGAAGGUCACACAGGAGAAAGCCGAGUUAGAGAUUCAUAUCGCCUCCAUCAGCGCUGAGCUUCAAGAGGCCAACCACAGGUACGUAUCCCUGCAGAGGGAGAUGGAGCAGAUGAGAGACCAGCAUGAAGACGCGCUGCAGAAACUUCAGGCCAGACAUAACGCUGACAUGAGCCACUUCCAGCAGGAGCAUGCCCUCUCUGCAGCCAAGGCAUCGGAGAUGAUCGAAGAUUUGGAGCAGACUGUGAUUCACCUCAAACAGCAAAUACAGGAAGCUGAAAAUAGGAGACAGAAACAGUUCAGGGACCAAGAGAAUAAGAUGCAGCAAGAGAUAACAGACCUACAAAAUAUCACUGACAAAAAGCUGCAAACGCUUCAGGCCGAGCUGGAAAAGGAGCGAGCCAACAGCAAGAGGAAGAUGAGCAAGAUGGAGGAAUCACUCAGGGAUAAAGAGGAGCAGCUGGUUCGUCUUCGGGACAGUCAGAGGCUUCAGGCCCAGCAGGCUGAGAGUGCACUGGAGAACUUUAAGAAGCAGGUGGAGCUUAGCUCAGAGAAGACCUACGCUGACAUGAAGCAACAGGUGAGUCAAGGGCACCUACAGUUUACCCUGUGUCACAAGAUUGUGGAACUGAAACUGCAGCAUGAACAGGAGCGGACGCACCUACUCCAGACACACAAUGCUGAGAAGGACAGCCUGGUCCAGGAUCACCAGCGGGAAAUCGAUAGUUUGGACAAGCAGGCGAGGGCCACCAUGGUCCAGCAGCAAACGCAAACCCUGGAGGGGAGGAAGCGCGAUGCUCAGACCAUCUCUGAUCUGGAGGUCCAGGUGCAUUCUCUGAGGAAGGAGCUGUUGGCAGCCCACAGUCAGAGGAAACAGCAGCUGACGGAGUUGGGUGUGCUGCGGGAGGAGGAGCGACAGCGGGCCGCUCGGGACCAGCAAGCAGCUCUAGAUCGUCUGCGGGCCGAGAUGGAUCAGGUGCGGCAGGACCUGGAAAGAACCCACAAGGCUGAAAGAGAGCUGGCCCAAGAGAAGACCAACAGCAGGUUGAAGCAUCUUGAGAAGGAAUAUAAUCAGAAGCUGGCCAAGUCUGCACAGGUGAUAGCUGAGCUGCAGACGUCUCUGAGCAGCGUCAAGGAAGACGGCCGGCAGACGCAGGAGAGUCUAGAAAGACAACUGCAGGAAACACAGGGCCGUUGGGAUGAGGAGAGGAGACAGAUCAACAGAGAUGCUGACCAAUCCAAAAAGGUUCUUCAAGAACGUGUGCAGGCUCUGCAGAGACAGCUGCAUGCCGUUGAGAAGAAGUUGAUGAGCCGCGAGCUGGAAUACCAGGAGCAGAUCACACACGUCCGUCAGGAGUAUGAGUCGAAGAUCAAAGGCCUGAUUCCCGCAGAGCUGCAGCAGGAGCUGGAGGACACCAUCACCUCGCUGAAGUCACAGGUCAGCUUCCUGCAGAAGAGAGCGUCAGUCUUACAGGAGCAGCUAGAUGCUAGUCACAUCAGGAGGUGA